AUGAGCAAACAUUCACAAAUUCAGAGUAAAAUUAAACGAGAAUUAGCCGAGUAUCAUCUUCAACGUCUCUCAGUCGAACAACUCGGUUCACUCACCUAUUUGGAUUGUGUUCUUCGAGAAUUGUUUCGUCUCGUGCCACCUGUUAGUGGCACAGUGCGAACACUCGUUGUAGACGAUCGAUUACCUGCAAGUGGAGCACCACUGAAGAAAGGUGAUCAAGUAUUUAUUCCAUUUUAUAAUUUGGCUCGAGAUUCACGCUAUUGGUCCGAAUCAAUGGAUCUUAAUGAAUUUCAUCCAGAAAGAUUUUUCAAUGAAAAUAUGGCAUAUAACAAUAAAGCCGCAUCGAUACCAUUUGGUGGUGGUCAUCGUCAAUGUAUGGGACAAGACUUGACUCGAUUGGAACUGAAGGCUAUUUGUGUACGACUCAUGCAAUUUGUGACAUUUGGCAAUGGUGGACCUGAAGUCAAUGCCGGUGGAUAUAAUGAGAUGGAUACUAUUUUGCCGAAACACAUAGGUGUUACAAUUACUUUUGACUAA